AUGUCCACCCAGUAUAAUUUUUCGCUGUGGAACAUUUGGGUGGCUUCUACGCUGCUUAAAAUUCUGCUGUUUCCAGCCUAUUACUCCACAGAUUUUGAUGUGCAUCGCAAUUGGCUCUCAAUCACUAAACUUCUGCCCCUAAACAAGUGGUAUUUAGAAAACACGAGCGAGUGGACUCUUGAUUACCCCCCAUUCUUUGCCUACUUCGAGUGGUUUUUGUCGCUUUUUGUUCCUACCAGCGUAUCAGAGGAUGGUUGUAUCAGCCUUGUGGCUAAAGGGAACUUUGGAAUGCCAACAGUUAUUUUCCAAAGAAGCACAGUCAUAGUGAGUGAAAUAGUGCUCUUCAUGUCUCUUCAGUAUUAUGUUAACAGAUCGUCUAAUCUGAAAGAGAAAAAACGCAAUUUUGUGGUUGCAUCCUCUAUUGUCCUUUCGCCAGGCUUAUUCAUGGUGGAUCACAUUCAUUUCCAAUACAAUGGAUUCUUGAUGGGCAUUCUAAUUUUGUCCAUAGUCAACGCCAAGCUCGGUAAUUAUCUUCAGUGCGGAUUUUGGUUUGCCACGUUGUUGUGCUUCAAACAUAUCUUCCUUUAUAUUGCCCCUUGCUACUUCGUUUACCUUCUGUCUGCCUACUGUUUGAAUCCACAGGCCAAAUUUCCGACCACUAUCAGCGAUUUGUUCAAUUACGUAAAAUGGAAGAAUCUAUUCAAGUUGGCUUUGGUUGUGUUGGGAGUGUUUGCAGCGGCGUUUGGCCCUUUCAUCUAUUAUGGGCAAUUACAUAUUGUAUUUCAGCGUCUCUUCCCCUUUUCACGAGGACUAACGCAUGCCUAUUGGGCUCCCAAUAUAUGGGCCAUAUAUUCUUUGAUUGAUAGGGUCUUGAUUCAGGUGGCAUUGAGAGUACCCGGUUCAGCCCCAAUCCUUUCGCUGAUCUUCAAACAAUUAGACCUCGAGAAACUGGAAACUGCCAAUACUUUGACUCGAGGACUGGUCGGGGACGUUGAGUUCUUCGUUCUGCCCAAUAUACAGCCAAAUCACACCUUCCUAUUGACGUUGUUCUAUCAGUCGUUGUCCCUGGUGCCAUUGUUCCUGAGCCCAACUUUUGAGCGGUUAAUCGGAUCCAUGACCUUGUGUGCAUGGGCAUCCUUCUUAUUUGGUUGGCAUGUUCACGAGAAAGCUAUCAUGCUGGUCAUUAUACCCUUCACUUUUUUGAUUCCACGCGAUCGUAAACUGCUUCCACUUUACGAAACCCUCACUGCCUCUGGCUAUAUUUCGUUAUUCCCGCUUCUUUUUGGUUCUGCUGAAUGGCUUUUCAAAGCACUGCUCACAUUUGUGUGGUUUGUGAUAUUUUCUAACAGUUUCAAUGAGGUUUGCGAUUUCAGUUCCACAUUGUCACGUCGUGUCUUCAUAUUGGAUAGGCUCAACUUCCUCUACAGAGUGGGGCUUAUUCCGUUGUCAUGUGUGAUACAGCUGCUUGACAUACAGUCUAGGAAUUUUAAAGUGUUACAGAGAUUUGAGUUUUUGAGACUCAUGGCAUAUAGCACCUACUGCGCUAUUGGUGUGAUCAGCUCCUGGAACAUGUUCAGCUGGCUAUAUUUUCUCGAUGAUAGUUUGUGGGAGGGAAGAGAAGCCAAACAAAAAGCGCACUGA